AUGAUGUCAGGAAAUUACACCUCUCUCGAUAACCAAAAGGUUUCAGGAUCUGUACCCGCAGUUCCAGAUCCCCCAACUGUCACCGUCAAAUUUGCAGAUUCAAAUCUUCAGACAUUUCCUCCGUCUGGAACACAGGCCAAGAUUAUUGGAGGUUCGAGGCCUCCACGUGAUGUUGAUGAAACAUUUUCAAGAUCGUCCUUAUCUGCUUCAGAUGAACCCCAGCAGAGUGGUUGGUUUAGUGCUUUCUCACCUGCUACUUACAAGCCAUAUUUUGAUGUUGACACUUCGGAUGUUCUAGAGAGGAUUAAAGACUCCCUCUAUCCAUUCAGAGGAACUUUCAAAGAAAAAACUGCUUCCAACCCUGAUUUGUAUGGACCAUUCUGGAUUUGCACUACCUUAAUAUUUGUAGCAGCAUCUAUUGGCACUUUUGUGACAUAUAUAGCUCACAAGCUGAAGAAUCAGGAAUGGAACUAUGACAUAAACAUGGUGACUUGGUCUGCUGGCUUGUUCUACGGUUAUGUCACCAUUGUUCCUCUUUGUUUAUAUGUAAUCUUGAAAUACUUCUCUGUACCAUCGGGUCUUGUUCAACUAUUUUGUCUCUAUGGAUAUUCCCUGUUUGUCUUUAUUCCUGCUCUGUGUAUGUCUGUUGUGCCAUGGGAGAUAGUCAGAUGGUUGGUUGCAGGUGUGGCUGGGUUCAUGUCAGCAACAUUUGUGGCACUUAACCUCCGAGCACAUAUUAUGUCAGCAGGUGAAAGGUGGGUAUUGAUUGUUGCCGGCAUUUUUCUAUUGCAGCUGGCUCUAGCUCUUGCACUAAAGAUCUACCUCUUCACAGUAUCAGUAUGA